AGAUUUGAGAGGUUAAAAUGUCAGUCUUCAUUUUAGCCUUUGUAAUUUUUAUUAUUUUUUAUGUUUUUCAUUUUUACUGGAAAGUGAGUAAAUAUCCAAAAGGACCACUACCUCUUCCAUUCAUUGGUAAUAUUCACCAGUUCCCUCCAGACAAUGUUCAAAAGUAUUUUGACGUUUUAUCUAAAACCUAUGGGCCAUGUUUUACCAUAUGGAUUCCAUUUCCGGCAAUUGUGUUGACUGAUUAUGAGCAUAUAAAAGAUGCAUUUGUUAAUCAAGGUGACACAUUCACUUACCGAGCUCACCGUUCUCCGGAAACCCUUCUGCCAGUUCACGAUCACACUGGUAUUCUUGCCUCGGAUGGUGACCACUGGCGACUUCAGAGAAGAACUUCCUUGAAAAUCCUUCGUGACUUUGGUUUAGGGAGAAAUUUGAUGGAAGAACAAGUAAUCCGUUCGGUUCACGAAAUGCUUAUUCAACUGGAAAACAUUAAUGAUAAGAAAAACGUCGACGUUUUUUGGCCAAUUCAACUUUGUGUGGGAAACGUGAUCAAUGAAACACUGUUCGGUUUUCAUUACAAAUAUGAAGACUCGGAGAAAUUCAAGACGUUUGUUAAAAUUGUCGAUAAACAUCUGAGGCAUCUUCAAGGAAAAAUGCCACUAUUGGUUUCUGCGUUUCCAUGGUUGAAACAUGUUCCGAUAGUUGGAGAUAUCGGAUAUCACAACAUUAAAAAUAAUAUAUCUUCGUACCAUACAUUUAUCGAAGAAGAAGUAGCUACGCAAGUGAAAAAAUACGAUGGGGAGAGUGAACCUGAAAAUUUUGUCCACGCUUACAUGCAACAGAUGAAGCAAACGGGAAAUCCUGGACUUGAUAUUACAAACUUGUGUGCAACAGUUCUCGAUUUUUGGUUAGCUGGCAUGGAGACCACAUCAAAUUCUCUUCGCUGGCAUUUGGCAUUUAUGAUGAAAUAUCCAGAAGUUCAAGAUAAAGUCAGAAAAGAAAUACUGGACAAUGUUGGAACAGCACGUUUGCCAUCAAUGUCAGAUAAACCAAAUAUGCCAUAUACUCAAGCAGUGAUCCAUGAAGUGCAGCGAUGUUCUAACAUGAUUCCUUUCUUGGGGUCUCAUCAGUGCAAAGAGGAAACUGAAAUUCACGGAAACAGAGUUCCAGCUGGUUCAUUAGUUUUUGCGCAAUUGUGGUCAGUGAUGAGAAAUGACACAGUGUUUGAAGAUCCAGAAACAUUCAAUCCAAGCCGCUACUUACAAUCCGAUGGGAAAACGUUUGAUAAGGCUGUUCUUGAAAAAACGAUCCCCUUUAGUAUUGGAAAAAGAAACUGUGUUGGAGAAGGGCUUGCAAGAAUGGAACUAUUCCUGAUUUUCAGUGCACUAAUUCAGAAGUAUGAGUUUGUUGCCACUUCUAAUAUUGACUUGACUCCAGAUUGGGGAGUUGUUUUAACCGCUAAACCUUACACUUGUAAUAUUAUUCCUCAAUUUUAAACUACUGAUCUUUGUUUUUGAAUAAAAAUGAACAAUGUAU